GCUUCGUCGUCUCGACCCGGUCUCCCGUCGGAGAGCCGGCCGGGGUGGCGGACGUGACGCCAGGCUAAGGCUGGAGGGCCGCGCGGGGCGUCUCCCGCAGUCACUCCGGCCCGGGCCCGGAGCCAUCGGUGGCAGCAUGGCUCUCCUCGUUCUCCUCCUGAUUCUUACAGUGCAGGCCGGGACCUGCGUUGCGAUGAGCACCGCGGAGCCAGAGCUGUCCUCGGUGCCUACACCAACCAAUGUUGUAAUUAAGUCUUAUAACUUGGACCCUGUCCUGUGUUGGGAGUACCAGGCCAUGGCACAGAUUCCUGUUUUUACUGUACAAGUGAAGAACUACAAGAGUGGGGUAUGGCUUGAUGCCUGCACCAACAUCUCGCUUCAUUGUUGUAGUAUUUUCCAACGAGUUGUUGACCCAGCAGAUCCUCUCUGGGCCAGAGUUAAAGCUAGGCUUGGACAAAAAGAAUCUGCCUAUGUAGAGUCAAAAGAAUUUACUUUGUGCAUCCAAGGAGAAAUUGGACCACCUACAGUAGCUCUCAGAAGGAAGGAAGACCAUGUCAUUGUUGACAUAUUUCACCCAUUAGUCAUCGUAAACGGAGAAGUGCAAGGAACCAUGUAUGAUGAUGAAAAUGCCUGCUACAUAUUCGAGUACAAUGUGUAUGUGAGAGUGAAUGAAAGUGAGACCCCAGAUACAAAGCACGUGCACCUGGAAGACGAUUGCAAUGAGACCCAGUGCCAGCUGAGUAUCCCUGUGUCCUCCCUGAGCUCUGACUACUGCAUCUCUGUGCAAGGAGUCUCCCAUAAAUGGGGUGUCACCACUGAGAAGUCCAAAGAAAUUUGUAUCUCCAUUUUAAAUAACACCCUAAAAGAUUCUGCUUGGAUUGCACUUGUUGCCACUUUCCUCUUUCUACUGCUUGUCUCGGUACUUGUAUGUCUCCUAAUUAAGAGGAAUCCAUUUAAGAGAAAAAGCAUCAUGUUACCGAAAUCCUUGCUGUCCGUGGUAAGAAGUGCCACUUCGGAGACAAAACCUGAGUCUAAAUAUGUAUCACUCAUCACAUCAUGCCAGCCAUUUGUUCUGGAAAACGAGACGAUGAUCUGUGAAGAGCAGUCAUCUCCAGAAACGAUUCUAGCCACACCAACAGAAGACGGUCCAGGAAAAGCAGGACAUGAGGAUGAACUCUCUAGUGAAACACAAGUGGUGAUUGCUGAAGAAAAUAUUCCUGAUCUGACCCCUAGCAGCUCUCCAACUCCAAAAGACAGGGAGAAUUCUUUCACUUCAAGUAGUAACCAUUCAGAACCCUGCAGCUUCACCUUAAACUCCUAUCACUCCAGAAAUGGUUCUGACAGUGGCCUCGUGGGAUCAGACAGCUUUGUGUCUGACUCCGAAUUUCCCCCAAAUAAUAAAACUGAAAUAAAGACAGAAGGACAAGAGUCUAUAACACUGAGAAACGCCCCCACCAAUUUUGGUUAUGAUAAGCCACAUGUGCUCGUGGAUGUAACUGUAGGUGAUGGUGACAAAGAGACUUUAAUUGGUUACAGACUUACAUCAGAUUCCAAAGAGUUCUCGUGAGAUCGGCUGAGGUGCACCAACUUUGAAGUAUCUGCAUUUCCUGGUGGCUUUUCUGCUUUGAUUUCAUAAAAGUGUCAUGCCGUCAGACAUCGUGUCUUGGUUGAUACUCACCAGAUGGAGUAUCUUGCUUUAGACAAAUGUCUGAUAAGUGCCUGUUGGCACUGUCCCACGUGAUCUGAAACUAUGAAGACUUCAAAGCACCUGUGGUAGCAUGUGAACCUUUCCAUCCACGGUAGCAGUGGAACUGUCCUGUCAGCCUGGCAUCCACCAUAGCCAGUGACACUUCCCAUCACUUCAGAAUGUAUUGUGGAGUUUUUCCUUUCUGUGCCUCAUUUGUGCUGUUUUUGUAAGUUUUAUAUCUAUAGUAUUUUUAAGUCCUUAAUUCUGAGAGCUUUUCAAAGUUAGAUUUAAAAUCUAAUUCAAACUGAUAGAAUUAAUAGGGCAUAUAAAUAGAAACAUGUACAGAUUUUUAUGGAAAAUUACACAAUUUUAUGGAAACAAUUUUAUGGAAAAUUGUUUCAGAA